GAAGUAUAAUUGCUUCUCAUUUGUUAAGAAAAUUUGUACUUUCGUUUCGCUUCUUCUUCGCUAAGCACCUUGACUAGAUUGAUGAGAUGUCGGGACGCGGAAAACAAGGUGGGAAGGCUCGUGCCAAGGCUAAGACCCGUUCUUCUCGGGCUGGGCUCCAGUUUCCUGUGGGCCGAGUGCACCGCCUGCUCCGCAAAGGCAACUACGCCGAGCGGGUCGGAGCCGGCGCGCCGGUGUACCUGGCGGCGGUGCUGGAGUACCUGACGGCCGAGAUCUUGGAGCUGGCGGGCAACGCGGCGCGCGACAACAAGAAGACGCGUAUCAUUCCGCGUCAUCUGCAGCUGGCCAUCCGCAACGACGAGGAGCUCAACAAGCUGCUGGGCAAAGUCACAAUCGCUCAGGGCGGCGUCCUGCCCAACAUCCAGGCCGUGCUGCUGCCUAAGAAGACUGAGAGUCACCACAAGGCCAAGGCCAGUCUCAACUCUACUGAGCUGGGCCCUAAUUAAUUGUAAAUACUGGGCCCCAGGGACAGCGUCCCUCCUUCCUGACCACCCCCUCGUUGGAGUGCGGAGGCCAGUCAGCCCCCAGCUCUGGGGGCUCAGCGUCCCCUCGGAAGUGACUGCGAGUCAAGCUCCCCACAGACCCCCGACCCCCUGGUCUCCCUCCCGCCAGGGCCGCUUCGUGCGCGGUGCCGGUCGACCCCUCCUCAGGGCGGAGGAGACCCGGGCCGACUCCGCUCCACUGACCUACCGCUGCCCGACUGGGACGUGGCCGAACAGCCGGACACAAUGAGAAGCUGACAGUCUGCAACCCGGAAGAGGGUCCUCUCCAGAAGGCGAUGAUCCCGGCACCUAGAUCUCAGACUUCCAGCCUCUAUGACUGAGAAAUACAUUUUUGUUGUUUACAAGCCCCCACCCCGUCCCGUUUAUGGUACUUUGUGACAACAGUCCAAACUGACUUAGCACUCUUUUUUUCAAGUACAUUGAAGAAUUUGUGGAGCCCAUCCAUUUUAUGAUACAAUUUCCCAAAUAACCAAUAUGCUCUCUAUACACUCUGAUUUGUCAACAUUUGUAUUUAUCAAAAUUGUUAUAAAAAAAGCUUCCAUAUUUUUUCCUAAUAAAUUGUUUCCAAUACAAAAAAAAAAAGAAUACAAUACUGCAUAGCCUGGAGCUAGAAUUUGUUUAGGCAGAGCUUAACAAAGGCUUCAGCAUGACUUUACGGGACAUACUUGUGUACCAUUUACAAGUUUUGAGUUUUUCUUAACACCAUUUUACACGAAGCUCAGUUGAAAUUGUGAAACGUAGUGGGGUGCUUUUAUGUGAGAAUGUUAUAGUUAGUGAAAAGUAAACAUUUGUUAAUAUAAUAGCAAGCAUGAAAUUAAUCAGAGUUAAUGGUUUUAGUGCAUUCCGAAAAUCUUCAAGAAUUGAGGCCUGCGCAGGUUUGGGGUUGCUACCUGCCUCAGAAAGCAGAGGGUUUGUCUUCUGGGAGGACAAAGUCGUCCUCUCCUCUGAUAAAACCUCUCACACAGCUGGCUUUGGCAUCUUCCAUGAAGAGGACUUCAGAGAUUGAGGACUCAUGCAGCUGGGCUUUCAUUUGAGGUAGAGAGAGAAGACUGUGGUUAUAACCAGACUGUCCAGAGUGGGGUGUAGUUACCUCCAGAACUUUUCACUGUUAACCCAGCCUGGGAUUCAUGGUAGUCAU